AUGCGGGCAACUGACGAUGGACGACGACGGACGACGACGGCCGGCCAACAGAAGAGGAGUCCAUUGCCCGUCCAGCAGCCAACAUUGGUGAAAGCGACGGGAGUAGAAGCUGACCAAGAUCCUGUAGAUGCGGACCGACAGGGCCCGGCAACUGACGAUGGACGACGACGGACGACGACGGCCGGCCAACAGAAGAGAAGUCCAUUGCCCGUCCAGCAGCCAACAUUGGUGAAAGCGACGGGAGUAGAAGCUGACCAAGAUCCUGUAGAUGCGGACCGACAGGGCCCGGCAACUGACGAUGGACGACGACGGACGACGACGGCCGGCCAACAGAAGAGAAGUCCAUUGCCCGUCCAGCAGCCAACAUUGGUGAAAGCGACGGGAGUAGAAGCUGACCAAGAUCCUGUAGAUGCGGACCGACAGGGCCCGGCAACUGACGAUGGACGACGACGGACGACGACGGCCGGCCAACAGAAGAGGAGUCCAUUGCCCGUCCAGCAGCCAACAUUGGUGAAAGCGACGGGAGUAGAAGCUGACCAAGAUCCUGUAUUGUAUAUUUUCAGGGCAACUGACGAUGGACGACGACGGACGACGACGGCCGGCCAACAGAAGAGGAGUCCAUUGCCCGUCCAGCAGCCAACAUUGGUGAAAGCGACGGGAGUAGAAGCUGACCAAGAUCCUGUAGAUGCGGACCGACAGGGCCCGUCAGAAGAGCAGCGCCAGGAACCAAUUCCGGCAACUGACGAUGGACGACGACGGACGACGACGGCCGGCCAACAGAAGAGGAGUCCAUUGCCCGUCCAGCAGCCAACAUUGGUGAAAGCGACGGGAGUAGAAGCUGACCAAGAUCCUGUAGAUGCGGACCGACAGGGCCCGGCAACUGACGAUGGACGACGACGGACGACGACGGCCGGCCAACAGAAGAGAAGUCCAUUGCCCGUCCAGCAGCCAACAUUGGUGAAAGCGACGGGAGUAGAAGCUGACCAAGAUCCUGUAGAUGCGGACCGACAGGGCCCGGCAACUGACGAUGGACGACGACGGACGACGACGGCCGGCCAACAGAAGAGAAGUCCAUUGCCCGUCCAGCAGCCAACAUUGGUGAAAGCGACGGGAGUAGAAGCUGACCAAGAUCCUGUAGAUGCGGACCGACAGGGCCCGGCAACUGACGAUGGACGACGACGGACGACGACGGCCGGCCAACAGAAGAGGAGUCCAUUGCCCGUCCAGCAGCCAACAUUGGUGAAAGCGACGGGAGUAGAAGCUGACCAAGAUCCUGUAGAUGCGGACCGACAGGGCCCGGCAACUGACGAUGGACGACGACGGACGACGACGGCCGGCCAACAGAAGAGGAGUCCAUUGCCCGUCCAGCAGCCAACAUUGGUGAAAGCGACGGGAGUAGAAGCUGACCAAGAUCCUGUAGAUGCGGACCGACAGGGCCCGGCAACUGACGAUGGACGACGACGGACGACGACGGCCGGCCAACAGAAGAGGAGUCCAUUGCCCGUCCAGCAGCCAACAUUGGUGAAAGCGACGGGAGUAGAAGCUGACCAAGAUCCUGUAGAUGCGGACCGACAGGGCCCGGCAACUGACGAUGGACGACGACGGACGACGACGGCCGGCCAACAGAAGAGAAGUCCAUUGCCCGUCCAGCAGCCAACAUUGGUGAAAGCGACGGGAGUAGAAGCUGACCAAGAUCCUGUAGAUGCGGACCGACAGGGCCCGGCAACUGACAAUGGACGACGACGGACGACGACGGCCGGCCAACAGAAGAGAAGUCCAUUGCCCGUCCAGCAGCCAACAUUGGUGAAAGCGACGGGAGUAGAAGCUGACCAAGAUCCUGUAGAUGCGGACCGACAGGGCCCGGCAACUGACGAUGGACGACGACGGACGACGACGGCCGGCCAACAGAAGAGGAGUCCAUUGCCCGUCCAGCAGCCAACAUUGGUGAAAGCGACGGGAGUAGAAGCUGACCAAGAUCCUGUAGAUGCGGACCGACAGGGCCCGGCAACUGACGAUGGACGACGACGGACGACGACGGCCGGCCAACAGAAGAGGAGUCCAUUGCCCGUCCAGCAGCCAACAUUGGUGAAAGCGACGGGAGUAGAAGCUGACCAAGAUCCUGUAGAUGCGGACCGACAGGGCCCGGCAACUGACGAUGGACGACGACGGACGACGACGGCCGGCCAACAGAAGAGGAGUCCAUUGCCCGUCCAGCAGCCAACAUUGGUGAAAGCGACGGGAGUAGAAGCUGACCAAGAUCCUGUAGAUGCGGACCGACAGGGCCCGGCAACUGACGAUGGACGACGACGGACGACGACGGCCGGCCAACAGAAGAGAAGUCCAUUGCCCGUCCAGCAGCCAACAUUGGUGAAAGCGACGGGAGUAGAAGCUGACCAAGAUCCUGUAGAUGCGGACCGACAGGGCCCGGCAACUGACGAUGGACGACGACGGACGACGACGGCCGGCCAACAGAAGAGAAGUCCAUUGCCCGUCCAGCAGCCAACAUUGGUGAAAGCGACGGGAGUAGAAGCUGACCAAGAUCCUGUAGAUGCGGACCGACAGGGCCCGGCAACUGACGAUGGACGACGACGGACGACGACGGCCGGCCAACAGAAGAGAAGUCCAUUGCCCGUCCAGCAGCCAACAUUGGUGAAAGCGACGGGAGUAGAAGCUGACCAAGAUCCUGUAGAUGCGGACCGACAGGGCCCGGCAACUGACGAUGGACGACGACGGACGACGACGGCCGGCCAACAGAAGAGGAGUCCAUUGCCCGUCCAGCAGCCAACAUUGGUGAAAGCGACGGGAGUAGAAGCUGACCAAGAUCCUGUAGAUGCGGACCGACAGGGCCCGUCAGAAGAGCAGCGCCAGGAACCAAUUCCGCAACCAGGAAGCCUAAUAGAGAAGGCAACUGACGAUGGACGACGACGGACGACGACGGCCGGCCAACAGAAGAGAAGUCCAUUGCCCGUCCAGCAGCCAACAUUGGUGAAAGCGACGGGAGUAGAAGCUGACCAAGAUCCUGUAGAUGCGGACCGACAGGGCCCGGCAACUGACAAUGGACGACGACGGACGACGACGGCCGGCCAACAGAAGAGAAGUCCAUUGCCCGUCCAGCAGCCAACAUUGGUGAAAGCGACGGGAGUAGAAGCUGACCAAGAUCCUGUAGAUGCGGACCGACAGGGCCCGGCAACUGACGAUGGACGACGACGGACGACGACGGCCGGCCAACAGAAGAGGAGUCCAUUGCCCGUCCAGCAGCCAACAUUGGUGAAAGCGACGGGAGUAGAAGCUGACCAAGAUCCUGUAGAUGCGGACCGACAGGGCCCGGCAACUGACGAUGGACGACGACGGACGACGACGGCCGGCCAACAGAAGAGGAGUCCAUUGCCCGUCCAGCAGCCAACAUUGGUGAAAGCGACGGGAGUAGAAGCUGACCAAGAUCCUGUAGAUGCGGACCGACAGGGCCCGGCAACUGACGAUGGACGACGACGGACGACGACGGCCGGCCAACAGAAGAGGAGUCCAUUGCCCGUCCAGCAGCCAACAUUGGUGAAAGCGACGGGAGUAGAAGCUGACCAAGAUCCUGUAGAUGCGGACCGACAGGGCCCGGCAACUGACGAUGGACGACGACGGACGACGACGGCCGGCCAACAGAAGAGAAGUCCAUUGCCCGUCCAGCAGCCAACAUUGGUGAAAGCGACGGGAGUAGAAGCUGACCAAGAUCCUGUAGAUGCGGACCGACAGGGCCCGGCAACUGACGAUGGACGACGACGGACGACGACGGCCGGCCAACAGAAGAGAAGUCCAUUGCCCGUCCAGCAGCCAACAUUGGUGAAAGCGACGGGAGUAGAAGCUGACCAAGAUCCUGUAGAUGCGGACCGACAGGGCCCGGCAACUGACGAUGGACGACGACGGACGACGACGGCCGGCCAACAGAAGAGAAGUCCAUUGCCCGUCCAGCAGCCAACAUUGGUGAAAGCGACGGGAGUAGAAGCUGACCAAGAUCCUGUAGAUGCGGACCGACAGGGCCCGGCAACUGACGAUGGACGACGACGGACGACGACGGCCGGCCAACAGAAGAGGAGUCCAUUGCCCGUCCAGCAGCCAACAUUGGUGAAAGCGACGGGAGUAGAAGCUGACCAAGAUCCUGUAGAUGCGGACCGACAGGGCCCGGCAACUGACGAUGGACGACGACGGACGACGACGGCCGGCCAACAGAAGAGAAGUCCAUUGCCCGUCCAGCAGCCAACAUUGGUGAAAGCGACGGGAGUAGAAGCUGACCAAGAUCCUGUAGAUGCGGACCGACAGGGCCCGGCAACUGACGAUGGACGACGACGGACGACGACGGCCGGCCAACAGAAGAGGAGUCCAUUGCCCGUCCAGCAGCCAACAUUGGUGAAAGCGACGGGAGUAGAAGCUGACCAAGAUCCUGUAGAUGCGGACCGACAGGGCCCGGCAACUGACGAUGGACGACGACGGACGACGACGGCCGGCCAACAGAAGAGGAGUCCAUUGCCCGUCCAGCAGCCAACAUUGGUGAAAGCGACGGGAGUAGAAGCUGACCAAGAUCCUGUAGAUGCGGACCGACAGGGCCCGGCAACUGACGAUGGACGACGACGGACGACGACGGCCGGCCAACAGAAGAGAAGUCCAUUGCCCGUCCAGCAGCCAACAUUGGUGAAAGCGACGGGAGUAGAAGCUGACCAAGAUCCUGUAGAUGCGGACCGACAGGGCCCGGCAACUGACGAUGGACGACGACGGACGACGACGGCCGGCCAACAGAAGAGAAGUCCAUUGCCCGUCCAGCAGCCAACAUUGGUGAAAGCGACGGGAGUAGAAGCUGACCAAGAUCCUGUAGAUGCGGACCGACAGGGCCCGGCAACUGACGAUGGACGACGACGGACGACGACGGCCGGCCAACAGAAGAGGAGUCCAUUGCCCGUCCAGCAGCCAACAUUGGUGAAAGCGACGGGAGUAGAAGCUGACCAAGAUCCUGUAGAUGCGGACCGACAGGGCCCGGCAACUGACGAUGGACGACGACGGACGACGACGGCCGGCCAACAGAAGAGGAGUCCAUUGCCCGUCCAGCAGCCAACAUUGGUGAAAGCGACGGGAGUAGAAGCUGACCAAGAUCCUGUAGAUGCGGACCGACAGGGCCCGGCAACUGACGAUGGACGACGACGGACGACGACGGCCGGCCAACAGAAGAGGAGUCCAUUGCCCGUCCAGCAGCCAACAUUGGUGAAAGCGACGGGAGUAGAAGCUGACCAAGAUCCUGUAGAUGCGGACCGACAGGGCCCGGCAACUGACGAUGGACGACGACGGACGACGACGGCCGGCCAACAGAAGAGGAGUCCAUUGCCCGUCCAGCAGCCAACAUUGGUGAAAGCGACGGGAGUAGAAGCUGACCAAGAUCCUGUAAGAUGCAGUGUAACAUCUUUUUUGCCAGCUCUGAACAGGAGACUGUCAUCUGAAAGACACGAGUACCUAGUGUUCAGGGGGUCAACUGCAACCAACCCAGGACGUACAGGGUUAGACUGGUUUGGAGGAUACCAUCACCUGCCAGCAGGAGUUCAAUGGUGGACUGUGGCCAAUCCAAGAUACUACCAUGGAUUAAGAUGUAAGGAAGAAACUCUUAUGCAGAAGAAGAAUCCACAAGGGAAGGAUCGACUGAAGCCAAUUCCUCAAGUGAAGAAAGAGGUUUAA